UCUUGUUGGAAAUGUUUUAUAAAAUAUGAAGUAUAGCAGAAAAAUAAAACAUAUGUACAUAUGAUUAGUAAAAAAAAAAUAUACGUUUUUGCUGUAUGCGGUGCAUUAACCACGAUUUUAUAUUAUAUUGCAAAUAUAGUUUUUUUAUGCAAAAUAUAUGAAAAUGAAAUAGAAAAUAAUUUUAAUGUCGACAUUGAAAAGAUUAUUAGAGAAUAUGUCGGCGUUUUAGAACCGCAAUUUUUGAAUGUCAAUCCUAGAUUUAGUAAAUUGCGUUUGAAACUUAUAACUAACUUUAAAUAUAGUGAUUAUAAUCAUUCCAUUUGGGAUGUUCCAAAGAACUGGAUAUCUUAUAAACAUGGCUUGUAUAAUCCUGACGAUUCUUCCAUUGGAAAACUCUUGAAAGCUUUAAAAUUUGAACCCAUUUUAAAAGUUUCAAAUGCCUUAAAAGGCACUCAACUUAAACUGCUACUCCAUUUGAAUUCGUCACAAAAAGUCUUGUUUAAACCACAAUGGUAUUCGAAAGAAACUGUUAUUGAAGGUCCAGUUUAUAGUGGUAAGGACCGACAUAGUGCAGAAAUAUACUCUUUUUAUUUAGGAGCAGUUUUAAAUAUUUCGUGGAUGCCCUUAGUGGUUGGUCGUAAAAUCAAUUUACAAGAGGUAUACCAAAAGGGCGAUUUACUUUUAAAAAAAACUAUGUUUAUCAAAGCUACCGGGGAAUAUUGCCUUUUUGGAAAAUGUUAUUACUGUAGGAAAGAAGAAUACAUUUGUGGUGACAAUGAUAACUUGAUUGAGGGUGCUGCAAUUCUUAUAAUUCCUGGAAUCUUAAAGAAAGUUAGAUCUCCUUGGCAAAGAACUUAUAAAAACCAUUUGAAAGCUAAAUGGGAAGAAAACAAGGACUAUUGCAAGUCUUUAAAAAAAGGUAUCGACCACGAAAAAUUAUUGGAUUAUGUUGAUUUAUCAAUUUUCGAUUUUCUUAUUCAAAAUGGAGAUCGACAUCACUAUGAGAUCAUGAAAGGAAACAUUAUAUUUCUAGAUAAUGGAAAAUCUUUUGGAAAUCCAAAUAAAGUAUUUUUUGACAUUUUGGCUCCCUUAUAUCAGUGCUGCUUAAUAAGAAAUACUACUUGGAAUAACCUUCAAAUUGUUUCUGGAGGUACAUUAACAAGUUUAGUGGAUGAAAUUUUAAAAAGUAACGAGCAAACAGAAAUUAUUACUGAAUAUAAUAAACGAGCUGUGGAACAAAGAUUGUUAUUUAUUUAUGCAGCUGUUAAUUAUUGCAUAAAAAAAUUUGGCGUGGAAUCGGUAUUUACAACUUGUUAAUUAAACGAAAAAAAAUGUAUAGUAUUACUUAUAAAAUAUUUAAUUAUCUAAGGAGAAAAAAAAUAUGAUAACAAAGCUGUCCAAAUAACGUCUUCCACAAUAAAUCGUUACAUUUUUUUACUGAA